CUUUGUGUUGGUACUGUAAGCUGUUCUGAUUGAAAUAGCAGAAAAACAGAUUAUAAAUAAUAAGUUGCUGUUUUGUCCACAGUUGGCUCAGUGGGGACUGUAAACCACCAUGUCUGAGAACUUCCUCGCAGAAGCUGAUACUCCUCGUUUGCAUCUUCAGUUCCGAUCUAACUGCAGGAUGGUGGUUAAUCUAUUACAGGAUGCUGAGGUCUCACUACCUGUUACUCCAGAGCCACUACUUACCCCAGUCUUGUGCCUAACUCAAGAUUUCAGGAACCUCAGCACAUUAGCCGUGGAUACCCCAAGACGCCGCCUAGAUCUGUCCAAUCUCAGUAAUGGAGAAGAAGAAACUGCCUUCAACUUCAGCCCAGCCCCAGAAACAGUGGAAACUGAGCAGAAAGGCUUCACAGAACUCCAAGAUCAACUCAGGGGCUCAAGGAAGCUGUGUGUGCAAUCACUCCAGCCCCAGGUACGGUGCAGUACACCAGGAACCCCAAGCUCCAUGCACCAAGUUAUCAAUGAGAUCAGGAGUCCUUCCAUGAAUAAGGAGAAUGAGGGAAGCCUGUUCAAGUACCCUGGAUGGCAUAUGCCCGGAUCUCUCUUGUUUCAGAAGUGGCUGCCAGCCUCACAGCUGACCUGCUAUACUGCGGUGCUGGAUGCAGGGGAUCCGGAGGAUUAUGAGAUGAAAGAUCUUGGCAGCCCCAUUGCUGCAGUGGCAUCUCCAAGAAUUCCAGAGGCAUUGGAUGGCUUUCCAGAACCUUGCCCCUGUGAGCAGGAAGAGACUGAGAAGCCGUUUGCUGGGCAUGUCUCCAGCAUGGUUACUUUCCUGUCAGGACCGCUCCUGACGCAGGACAUCAAUGUCAGUGAGGUCUCUCUGAACAAAAGCCACCUCUUCCGCUGUCCAUCGCUGCCAGAAAAACUGAACAGGCCUAUGUUGAAGAAGGCAGUGAAGGGUCAAGAGAAUGGAACUCCCACCAAGGAGAAAUGGAGGCACACCCCAAUCCAGGAGGAGCCUGAUGGGAUUGUGCUUUUGAAGAAAACAGCCUCCCUUUCUGACAUUGAGAUUGUCAGAGCACUUGAUCAAGACCAUGGCUUCAGGCAGCUGAUUGGAGAUUUGUCCAGUGUGUAUUCUCUGCCAACAGUAGCAGGACGGCAGCAGGAGCUGAGAUACAUCACUUCGGAGACUAUGGCUUCCCUGCUUCAUGAUCAAUUCCAGAACCUCAUAGAAAAAUUCUGCAUCAUUGACUGUCGCUACCCCUAUGAGUAUCAUGGAGGACACAUCAAGGGGGCUUUGAAUAUCCACAGGCAGGAGGAUCUCUUUGAAUUCUUUCUGAGGAAGCCCCUUCUCCUGUCAGCACCACAGAAGCGCCUCAUCCUUGUAUUCCACUGUGAAUAUUCCUCUGAAAGAGCCCCCAAGAUGUGUCGCUAUCUGAGGAAGGAAGACCGAGCCAUGAACGAGUAUCCGGCACUGCACUACCCAGAACUGUAUGUCCUUCGGGGUGGCUACAAGCACUUCUUCCUGACAUACAAGGAGCUGUGUGAGCCUCAAAGCUACUGCCCCAUGCAUCACCAGGACUUCAAGGCAGAGAUGCUCAAGUUCCGUGUCAAAAGCAAGGCAUGGGCAGGGGGACGGAGGCGGAGGGAUCAAAUUGCUCAUCCUAUGAAGCUAUGAGGUCUAGAGGCAUGUGCCAAGAGGAAUUCUGCAUGAAGAGGACUCUUCUCUGGCCAAGGGGAAAGCCUCUGUAGUAGAUGCUGCUGCACACAAGCUAGGAAUAUUGAGCAUGCCCAGGACCAAGUGGACCUGCCCAUUGUUACAGGGCGGGGAGCUCAGAAAUGUUAAGCCCCUUGCUCUUGUAAGCUUCAGGUGGGGGAAGUUAUGUUCAAGUGCAAAGUUUCACAGUAGAAGGGAGCUGGUGGUCCUACCAGUGAAAAACAGGGCCUUGCUCAGGAGCACGGGUUGGCACACUUACUGCCUCCUGUGUGUUUAAAGGCAGCAGGCUGAGUGGUUUUGCACUUCAAAUCCUAAAUUAGUCACCUGUAGGAGACUUUAUUACUUAAUAAUAUUACUCAAAGUUUUUGCAUUUAAAGUGUUCAAUUUUAAAGGAAGAAUAAAUGUUAUGGAAAAUAA